UUUUUGUAUCACAGUUAUAUCCAUUAUAAGUUUCGGUUUUGUUUAAGCGCGAUUAUUUGAUUGUAUAUGCAUUAAUACAUUGGUUGCUAUGACGUCACCAUCGUCGUCGUCAUCUUCAAACAAAACUGAGAAUGAUGAAAUUCUAUUGAAAGUUUCAGAAAAAUAUCUGAAUUUUCCACUUGGUUUUGCUGUUGAUGUUGUUGAAAUGUCUACUCCAUCUAGGAGAAUCUUCAAUAAAAGUUGUCUACAGAUCCAAACAGGAUUGCAAUGACGGAAAAAACAUAAUAAAACUCCAAGGUUACGGCAUACUCCGACUAAAAAACUUCAGUGUAAAAGAUUUGGAUACAGUUGCAGAGUUUUUGGUACAAAACUCUGAUGUCACCCUCACUACUUGCGGACCGGAAACGGAAAUGGAAACUGAACCUGUGGGGUGUAUAACCGGACUAACUGCUCAACGCUUGAAGUUUAAGUUGGAAAAAUUUUUUGGAAUAAGAUUACAAAUCUACCCAGAAAUAAUGGCCAUUGAGAAGAUCGCCAAACUGAUGGCCGAACUGGACAUAGGUUACUAUGACCUCGAGUACGGAGCCUUCGAGGUCGCUGCCACGAGGGUCAAGGUCAUGCUGGAUGUUUUUGCUAGGUUGCCCACACUAGGAGAAACUACAUUGAAGGAUUAUGAAUUUGUUGAGGAGCAUGACAGGCCCGGUGUUUUUAAAGACGGGGCCGAUCUUACUGACAACUAUAGAUUUGUUAAAAAAUUUGAUGGGCCUAUAUUUGAACUCGUGAAGUCGACAGAUAUUAAAGAAUGGGCCGCUAAAUACCUACAACCAUCUUCCGGUCAUUUGGUGACCCCCUGCAUACUAAUGGUGUUUGGCUCUGCCGCUGUUGCCUAUUUGGUGACCGAUGAUUAUGAAGUGAAGCUGGUUGAUGUGUGCUCAGCUGCUGGGAAAUCCUUUCACGGUUUAGUUGAGGAAGUUACCGGCGAGAAGAGUAUGGAUGAGAUCAUGAAGAUGGCAGCCAGAGGCAACUUGAACAACGUGACGACUUUGAACUCAGACCUGAGGAAUUACGAACACACUGAACAUGACUGGUACACUUUGUUCCCAGAUGAGUACCCUGUCUUCGAACUCGGAAAACUGACCUCCGCCAAUGCUAAAGGGAAAGGGAUUUAUUCGAAGGAGGAUCUGGCAGCGGGGAUCUUAAACGUUGUGACGAUGAUGAUCAGUAAGUGUGCCUACAACCAAUGCAAGAUCCGCGAGCUGCACCGCGUGUACUUCGCCGGCCACUUCAUCAGCUAUGAACUCGUUAGAAAAAUGAUCACAUCCAAUUUUCUCGGACAGGCCUUUUGGCUUGGUUUGGAAAAGGGGUAUUUCAUAAAGCCUCUAUUCGUCCGUCAGUCAGGAUUUCUGAAGGCACUUGGCCUUUGGUUUGCGAACGUGGGACUGAAUAACAAAAAUAAAAAAAAUAAAAAAACAUAAUAAUAAUAAUAAUAAUAAUGAGGAUGAUGUUGAUAAUGAUGAUGACGUCAUCUAUGAAGAAAUUCUGAAAAGGACUUUAAAUAAAUUUUGAAGAUUUUUAUAAGUGCCGAUUUUCAGGAGUUUGGUAAUUAAAUUCAUUCAUUUAUUAUUCAUUCAUUCAAUCGAUCAAUCAGUCAUUUAUUUAUUUCAUUCAAUCAUUCAUUCAUUCGUUCAUUCAU